CGGGAAUCGUGCUUUCCUGCUCUUUAUUACUGGUCAUGGAUUUACCGCACCGAACAGACGCCCAUCGCCCUUGGUUCCAGUGUGCUCGGCCGCAAUGCUGCUGCUGUAACUGUUGCGACUCCAACUUGACCUACCCUGGAGUACUUCCUCGCUUCCGUGAACAGAAAGAAAGAUACCUGCAGAUGUGUAGGCGACAGGCUAGAAUUGCAGCUUCUGCGAGUGACUUGGGGGUGGUUUGUGAAUACUUUCGGCAAUAUAUUGUGUGCAUCGGUGGUUAUACCUAUUCGCUUCCGAUCAUGCUUUGCCAGAGGCAUCAUGCGCCUCGAAAUGUACCGUACUUCGUACUUCAUGUCCCGAUGUGACUGUGCAUCGAGAACGACAACGUCCCACAUCCAAGACUUUGUUUACUUAGACCUGGUCUGGAAGCCAUGGAGAGAUACCACACAGAUUCUCUGAGCCCGCGAACACAGCGUUUGGGCACACUGGACUGCCGCGAUUAACGAUGAUAGGAGCCCAGACUGGAAAGUGACGACAGUGAGACAUAACCCUCUUGAACCACCAGCGGGCCCCAAGCGAUAUGGAACUAUGGUUGGGAUGGAUUUGGUGCCCCUACUAUAUCACACGCGCCAGGGGGUCACUUCGAUGCAAGCCCAUGAGUUCGAUAGCAAUUUGCACGAUGUGGUCAAGGUCACAGUUCAUAUCCGAGAUACGCACUGUACAAUCACUGCCCCCCCUCAAUUACACAGUGUUGGUCUCGUAGUGGCACAGUUUGUCAGGACACUUUGGCCCACCAGUGACAGUCUGACAGUCAGCCAGGCACCACGCGACAUCCCACAUCGCAAGUGGUGCAGCUCAGGGUCCAGCGCGAGCGUCGCAACCUCAUCCCAUGGAGGCGUCACCACUCACGCGGCAACCUCCUCCCGAGGUCUUUACUCCAAAGAUCGUUGAGCUGUACUCCUCUCUCCUUAAGGACGAUGAAUAUGUAGAAAAGUCCGAGGGGUUCUGGAGAGAAUUUUUCCUCCUGCGGCCCGAUCGCGCGACGCUCCGAACCAUUCUCGCCGACCUCUCCCCCACCGACGUCCUUCACCUCGAGCCCCAGACGAGGGACCUCUUCGCCCGUGCCAUUGACACCGUCAAGACCGGCCAAGGCCGUGCGCCUCUGCAUGCCCUCGAUACCUUGAUCAUCUACCUCUCCUGCCUCCUAUCCAAGAAGUACCCUCACCCGAGCUCCGACAUCAUCAAUAUCCUGGCAGGCCUCGACCAUAUAGACCCAAUAUUUUCCGAUUUUGUAGGGACGCUGGAUGGGAUCAUACGAAAUGGCAAAGACUUGGAACUACGGCAUCGCGCAAUCGAGGUUAUAUUGGCCGUCACGGCGGGCGCAUACCAGACGACGCUGCUCACCUACAUGAUCCAGAGAGAUCUCUUCCCAUCCGUUAUGAAGUUCAUUCAGGAGUCAGAAGUCCCUGGCCAAGUCCUCGAACCAUUCACUCUUCUCGGCCUGCUAGCCAAUUACAACAAGUUUGAGUUCCAGAACCCGUAUCAGUUGCGAUUGAACGACUUCGUCAACGAGUCGACCAUUCAGAGGAUAAUCGAAUGCGUCGGCUACACGUGCCAGGCCCUGCGAGCCGAUUACAUUGAUAUUCAAGACGACCUACCCGAGGGCUGGACCUUCAGCAGUGCCCUUAAUAUGAUCGGGCUCGGCGCCAUCGUACCCGGACCAAAGCCCGAGCGAAAACCCGUUCAUGACGCAGAAACCGCAAAGCAGAUGCUGGCCGCACUGCCAGGCGCGAAUGCAGCCAUUCUCUUGGCUACGUAUGACUUUUGCCACGCGAAUAAGUUAUUCUGUUUCAAUCUUGUCACGAUGACGGACGAGAAGACAAAGGAGCGCCCGAUUGCCAGCUUCCUCUCACUCACAUCCUAUCUGCUGCAACACGCCCAUCUCUCGAAUCGAGCGACAUACUACGCUCACCUGAACCUCAUGGUGCUUCGACUCGUCGUCGAGGACCCGAUCAUUUGCAAAAGGAUCUGUGGACAGGAGUCCAAGGUUCCUGUGCGCCUCUGCCGGCAGCGACAACCCUUCUUGCCCCUGGUCAAGGGGGAACGAGUCCUUGCUACAUGCCUCCUCGACGCCAUGAUAGACGGCAUUAAUCAUAAUCUGAGGCGACGGUUGGAUGUAAGCCUAUAUACACUGUGUGUGGGAAUCAUACUACGACUGGUAUCCUACCUGUCCCGUUCGAGGACCCGCCUCGUGUACCACUGGUCUGAGUUCUUUCGGUCAUUGCUGUCACUGAUACGCUUCCUCACGACCUAUACCGCUGAUUUGAAGGACCUACCGCAUCUUGAGAUCCUCCUCGACCACGUCGUCAACCUCGUCGCGCUGUCACUGUCUGCCGGCGAGGCGUUCUUACCGACGCCUGCCGCAUACGACGACCUGUUCUACAAGGUCGUGGAGUCGGGCGACGUGCUCACAAAGUUCAAGGAGAAUUACGGCCUCAAGAGCCGCAAGAGCAACUCCAUUGACACUUUGAUAAGCGUGAGCACGCACUAUAAGCAGAUGCUUGCCGAGGGAGGGAGCACUGCCAAGAGGAAAAAGCCCAGCAGCCUCACGACGCAUGAGGUUACGGAGGUCAUUAAGCAGGGCUAUGAGACGCUCAGCAUUCAAGCCAAGGAGGGGCUUGACACCUGGGAUAGGUUUCGAGAGGCGGAUGAGAGGACGCUGCUGAAGAAGAUGGCCAGGGCGUCCGUCGCAGAUGUUCGCGUCAUGGUAGAGCGGCAGAUUCGAUGACCAAGUUGAUGGGAAAGGGCCGGCCUAGUCGACACGUGUGUUUGUUCGGUCAACACACCAAUCCCUCUGCCUGUGCAUCCAGAGAACCCUGCAUCCAGAGAAACUAGCGCAACUCCGCUGCUUCCGAAGGGUAUGCGGCGCAUAACGCUUACGAGCGGAGUUGUCAAGUUAGGUGUUGCCGCCGGCUACGACAUGUCCGCAGCUUUGCAUCGACUGGAACUGAGGCUCUCAAUUUGGAAUACUUCGUACGAGCAGACACGUGGCUAGGAACAGUGGGCGAGUCAAGCAUGUUCAAGAUGCUGCAGGGUAUGGCGAGGCUGAUGCCGUUGAUGCCAUCGUCAUGCAACGGUCGUGGUGCGUCACACGAUGCAACUCGUGGAAACUGGCAACAAUACGCAAUAGCCUGUACAUACAGAACCACCUACGAACUACGCAGCCGCGGCGCUUCACAUGUUGAGCACGCGCCCAAGCUUCUCGGAAGGCAAUCUCAGCCGAGGGAGCAGCGAGGACUCGCGCGUCGGUUCCGUCGUCAGGCUGCUUGCUGACUCUCGGCCCAACCAUGACAAUACGUACGUAGAAGAAGGAUCGCCAGACGCAUGACAACGUCUUUCGAAACAAGAAGCCAUGAGUGGUCCGUGGUAUGUUCACUCACUUUUCUGCAUGACAUUGUCUCAGGUCUGAGGCUGGUCAGGCGUGUGUGCGUUGGUGAUGCCAUGAUAUGUCGUUACACUUCGCCCGGAUGCCACCACCGCACGCUAGGCCCGACGGAUCCAGGAGGGGGCUAAGUUAGCCAGGCCAGCCAGCCGGGCAAACAAGUGGGCAAUGGGGCGACGACGGGCCAAAGGAGGGGAGAGGGUGAGAGACAGCCCCCCGGGCCGGGGGGGGGGGGAGGGGCCUGCAUCUAUUCACUGCUGUCUUGUUUCGUGAGCAAGAGGGAUCUACACUCGGAGACACCGGGUGCCGCAACGGUGCGGCCGCGGUCGUCGUCUUGUCAGAGCGCCCACGUGUCGGGCGGCGGCGUUGGGCGACGGCAGAUGUGUGUCACGUCGUCGGAUCUACAGACUGCAAAGCCCGCACAGGGCGUCUCAUGAGGCCGAGCUGCGGUUUGGGGAAACUAGGUGUGUGUGUGUGUACGGACAGAGAGUAACAACUUACACAGUAGUGCAGCACUCGCGCGGACGGAAAACGGCGCCUCGACAGCCCUCCAGGGCUAGUAGUAGUAGUAAUACGUACGUAGCAAACCGCAGCGAGCAGGUUGUGAUAGAGCUAUCAAAACCGCUUCGUGCCCCUUUGGUGGUGUGGGCCUGCAGAGCUCCAUUCCUUGCGGAGUGCAUUG